AUGUAUUCCCGCGGCGGUAUGCGACUCGCUGCUGCUGCUGCUGCUGGCGGUGGUGAUGGUGGUGGUGGUUUCUCCUCCGCCGCAUUCACCGGCGACGAUGGUGGUGAACACGCUCAACGUGAGUCCACGCGUGCCCAACAUGUCGGUGAUGCCAACAGCAACGGCAGCAGCAGCGAAGGUGCAGCGGCAACGGGAAGCAGCAGGCCCACCAUCGACACGUAUCGUGCCAUGCCGACGCAGCAGCUUGAGACACUCCUGCGCACACGUGAGCAACAGGUGCGAAAGUUGCAGGCCAUUUACGAGAACUUCCACUAUGAAGCCGAUAAACGCUUCCGCACAAUGGUGUUCGACUACCACGACAAGGCGCUGCAGCUGUCGCAGGUACACGGCAAGAUGCAGCUCGGCUCACUGCAGAUCAGCCGCGAGGCGCUUGUGAAGAUGCGCGAGCAGCAGGAAAUGUACAAUCGCGACCACCGACUCGUUCUCACAGUGUGCACAGUAUUCACGUUUGUGUUCUGGGUGUGGGUGCGGCGGCAUUAUAUCCGCCGUGAGGAUCUCGACGGUACGGAGGCGCAACUGCGCGUGCCUAUCAACACCCGCUCCGUCACCGGCAUUGGCAGCUACAACGAAAAUCCAUUUGGCUCGUCCAAGCGCAGCGCUCGCAACAUGGAGACUGCGUGGGAGCGGGAGGUGCGGGAACGACAGCAACAAGAGCAGCAGCAGUAG